CUUCAAGCAAGCACUCCUUCUAAUAUGUGCCAAAAGAAUGAUUGUUCAGGUAAUUUGUACUGUUUGUUUCUUGGCAGUAAAUACAUUUUAUGUUAGCUCUUCUUUUGAUUUCCUGAAAGCAGAUGACAUGGGUGAGAUUAACCAGACACUUGUGUCAGAAUUUCUUCUUCUGGGUCUUUCUGGAUACCCAAAGAUUGAGAUCAUUUACUUUGCUCUCAUUCUAGUUAUGUACCUAGUGAUUCUAAUUGGCAAUGGUGUUCUAAUCAUAGCAAGCAUCUUGGAUUCUCGUCUUCACACACCCAUGUACUUCUUCCUGGGCAACCUCGCUUUCCUGGAUAUCUGCUAUACAUCCUCCUCUGUUCCCUCAACAUUGGUGAGCUUAAUCUCAAAGAAAAGAAACAUUUCUUUCUCUGGAUGUGCAGUGCAGAUGUUCUUUGGGUUUGCGAUGGGGUCAACAGAAUGUUUACUUCUUGGCAUGAUGGCAUUUGAUCGUUACGUGGCCAUCUGUAACCCUCUGAGAUACCCCAUCAUCAUGAGCAAGGAGGCAUAUGUCCUGAUGGCUUCUGUGUCCUGGCUCUCCGGUGGAAUCAAUUCAGUUGUACAAACAUUACUUGCCAUGAGGCUGCCUUUCUGUGGGAAUAAUAUUAUCAAUCAUUUCGCAUGUGAAAUAUUAGCUGUCCUCAAGCUAGCUUGUGCUGAUAUAUCCCUCAAUAUUAUCACCAUGGUGAUAUCAAAUAUGGCCUUCCUGGUUCUUCCACUGAUGGUCAUUUUUUUCUCCUAUAUGUUCAUCCUGUACACCAUCUUGCAAAUGAAUUCAGCCACAGGAAGACGCAAGGCAUUUUCUACGUGCUCAGCUCACCUGACUGUGGUGAUCAUAUUUUAUGGUACCAUCUUAUUUCUGUAUGCAAAACCGAAGUCUCAGGACCUGACUGGGGAAGAAAAAUUGCAAGCAUCAGACAAGCUCAUUUCUCUGUUUUAUGGGGUAGUGACCCCCAUGCUGAAUCCUAUAAUCUAUAGCUUGAGAAAUAAGGAUGUAAAAGCUGCUGUAAAAUAUCUGCUGAACAAAAAACCAGUUCACUAAGGAAACCGGGACAUGUAGG